CCAAUUAAAUCCGAUCCCCAGAAUCAAUGGAUUCCACCACUACUUCUCCAUGCGGCCGGGAUGAUAACCCGCUGCCAGCAAAGCUGCGCUUCAUGUGCUUUUACGGCGGCCACAUCAUUCCCCGCCCACACCACAAAUCCCUGAGCUACGUCGGCGGCGAGAAACGCAUUGUGGCGGUGGAUCGCGGCGUCUCCCUAGCGGAACUGCGCCGCCACCUCUCCCGCACCCUCCUCAACGGCCUGCAGCGUUUCACCCUCAAGUACCAACUCCCCCACGAGGAGCUCGACUCCCUCGUAUCAAUUGCCAACGACGAGGAUUUGGAAAACAUGGUUCAAGAAUACGACAGGAUGAUUGCCUCCCCUGUGAGACUACCUCGUCUCCGGUUUUUCCUGUUUCCCGACAGGCCCGAAACUGCAGCCUCCGUAGGUUGUCUGCUUGCCGAUGCCAAAUCUGAACAGUGGUUUGUUGACGCCAUUAACGACUCCGGGUUGGUCUCCAGAGCCUUUUCUGAUCCUGCCAUCGAGAUUAAUACGGGAGAUAUCGACGGAAUCUCCGUCUCCAAGGUUGAUUCUUGUCUCAACAUUUCCAAUCAGGAUGUCCAGUCUACACCUGAUUCUGUAGCAAGUGAAAGCAAUAGUGCAUCUUCUUGGAAGCAUAUAAUGUAUCAAGAUGCCACUCCUCCUGUUACAAACUGGGAAACUACAACUAGGCCUUCUGCAAUAAUGGAUCUCAGCUCUUCUCAAGUUCUGAUGCAUCAUCCUCUCCAACAACCACCACAACUCCUUCACUAUAUUCACCACCCAACACCCGACCCCGUGCCCCUGCCCGUGUCUUACUAUCCCAUCUACGCGCCACCGCAACAACAACUUGAUCAACAGCCGCCUCUGUAUGUCUUGCCCGUCGCUGCUCAAGCUCCGGCGUCGUACAAUUUCCCGGCCAAUAUACCCGAUGCUGCUGCGGCGGCACCGCCGCCAAAUGUGACCAUCAUUCCGCCCAUUUGCGCAGCGAACGCAACUACCUUGUACGGACCCUCCGCCGCCGCCGCCGCCGCUGCAGCGACUCCGACGACGGUGGUUCAAGUUCCGGCCGGAAAUCAGUUACAGGCGGCGCAACAAUACUUGGGUAUUUCUCAAGUACAGCACAUUACCGCUCCUGGUUCUCAAGUCUACUACGCCGCGGCUCAAUGUCCGGCGGCGGUGGCGCCACUUCCUUCUCAACACCAGACUGUAACCCCCGCAACUGCUGUGCUAAUAUCACAAGCUACGGCGGCUCAGCUUCCUGGGGAGAAUUCUAUGCAACAAAUCCUAACUUCACAGCCCCUUUAAGGAAAUCUUGAUGGCCAUUGAUAGACAAGCAAGCAAGGAAGUAUAACCAGUGUGCAAUAUGCUCUGUAAUAAUAAAUUCUAAAUAAUUUUUUUUAGUACAA